AUUGACGUCACGGUAAUAAAGCAGGUUUGAAGUUUUGGCGAUCAUAGUUGGGAAUGGCAUCACUGGUAGGGAUGGGAAAUAAUAGAAAUAGAGGCCAAGAGACGCCUAGAUUCUUGUGAAAAGCUUCUUUUUUCAUUCUCCAGAUAAUACACUUCUUCACUUCCACUACACUGAUCACUUACACGAUAUCCACUACCACUUACACGGUAUCAACUUACACUUAUACUACACUACACUACACUUAUAAAUCAUCACUAUAAAUCAUCAUCAUGGGUCUCUUUGGUCGUCGUGAACCCUCCCCAGAGCCAAUCCGCGAGGAACCCCCCCGCAAGCACGGCCUCUUCUCCUCCUCGUCCCGCCACGAGCCCACCUCCGCACGAACAUCCACAUCCUCCCACCACCGCCACUCCCGCGGUUCAGCCUCAUCCUACGACCGUCGACACUCCCGCUCAUCAUCCCGCUCCCCGUCUCGUCGUAACUCUAACGGCGGCUUCUUGUCUCGUCUAGGCGGAAAUCGCAACGAGCAUGACCCUGCUGUUCUGGAGGCAAGAGCGCGAGUCCAGGAUGCAGAGAGGGCGGAACGUGAGGCUGAUCGUGCGCUGGAGGAGGCCAGACUUAGUGUGAGGGAGGCUAGGGAGCAUGUUAAGCGCUUGGAGGUUGAGGCGAAGGAGGAUUCGAGGAGGGCUAAGGUUAAGCAGACUCAGGCUAAGGAGAUGUCGAAGAUGGGACGUUCUCUUGGACGCCACGGAUACUAAACAUCCACCAAAGCAACAGAGCACUGGAGUUUUUGGAGUGUAUGAGUAAUCUUGUUCUGUAUUAUGACUGUAUGAGAAGAAAAGACAAGUACACGAUGGAGCUGCCAAGGAGUUACGAAAUAGCGUUCUAGUUUGAGCAAAUCACUUUUCAAUACCAUAUGUGCCCCUUAAAAACAUCAAAGAUUCAUGC